AUGACUCCGGAAGACUUGCACGUUACCGUCUAUGAGCGCGACAGCCGCAUCGGCGGCCGCAUCAUGGCCGUCCAUCCCUUGAACGACUCGCACUUUCCGCCGAUCGACGUGGGAGCGAGUAUCUUUGCUAAUGUCAACCACAACAUUAGACACGCAGCGCGCAAGUUUGGCCUGAAGCCUGCGCCGCGCGAUGCCAAACUGCAGUCUCCUAUGGGCCUCUGGGACGGCUCUCACUUUGUUAUUGACGACUUUGACGGCUCUCGCUGGAGCCAGCUAAAGCUAUACUGGCGCUACGGAAAGAGCCCAACCAAGGCACUGACAUUGGUCAACAAGGCCAUUAGCGCAUUCCAACGCAUCUACUCUCCCCGUUUCUUGCAUGACCCAAAGCGCAAGAAUUCGUACCCCUGGCGCAGCGUCACAGGCAUCGCCGAGGAUCUCCAGCUCAAGGAAUUCACGACAGAGUCGGCCAAGGACUACUUUGAGAGCCACAAAGUCACGCCACUGUGUGCCGACGAACUCGUGAACGCAGCUACGCGUGGCAACUACGCUCAGAAUGUCGACCGCAUCCACGCGUUUGCAGGUAUGGUCUCGAUGGCAGCGAAUGGGGCGUCUGGUAUCAAGGGCGGCAAUGCGCAAGUGUUCCAGAGCCUGCUACAGGAAAGUAACGCAACGCUCCGCCUGGGCGAGAGCGGAGACGUGACGGGCAUCAUGAAAGUGCGGUCCAAGACGCUGCCGCACGCGCCGUCUGCAACACGCUGGCGUAUUGGGACGCGCGACGGACAUGGUGACUUGUACGAUGUCGUGCUUAUUGCGACGCCGUGGCAUGAUUCUCGUAUCACUUUACUCAAUACCGACAAGUCGGUUCCGAGCUACCGGUAUCAGUCACUGCACGUCACACUGGUCGUCACCGAUGCACCUCAGCCUAAUCCUACGUACUUUGGAUACGACGCCUCUUUUGAUCGUGUGCCACGCACGAUUGUCACUGCGCCACCGCAGAAAGUUGGCGGCAAGCCAGAGUUCCUGACCUUGUCCUAUCUGGAGACACUCAAUAAGCCGCAAUAUAAGAAGCAGUGGGACAAGCUGUACGUCGUCAAGCUCUUUUCCUAUGGCCCCCUUCCUGCCAAGACGCUCGACAAGAUCUUUGGAAAUGGAGAGGUCGUGUGGACGUACGGGAAGGAAUGGUCAGCAUUCCCUGUGCUGUCCCCUACGGACAAGCUCGCCAACUUUGAGGUGGACACGGAUCUGUACAAUCUGAAUGCCAUGGAGCGCUGGAUCUCUACCAUGGAAACCAGUACGCUCGCGGCCAAAAACGUUGCUGGGCUCGUCCUCCAAAAGUGGCUUGGCAGCCACUUUGUGCACGGCGCGCACUGCCGCUGGGGAGCUCGGACGCCGGACGUGGCCGAAGCGUGGGAUACCUGGGGCUGUAUGAGCAGCUAG